AAGAUGUUUCCGUUUUAGGUAUACAAUGCAGAUAGAAUGGAUAUAAUGGGUAUCGCCCACAAGUCAACUUUAAUCGCAGUGGCUCUCGCAGGAAUACUACACAUUAACGGACUGCAGACACAUUAUCGCAGUGAUGAUCAUGGAAUACCAUCGCUAUUGGUUGCAAGGCACCGAGCGUUCAUAAAUGGGCUCGGAGUGCCACAUCUACAACCGAAACAACGUAAUCGCAAUAGGUCACAGUUUGCUGCAGAAUCCGAGGAACCAAACGAUGAAUCUGUCACAGAUGAACAGCCCCUUCGGGUACAUUAUGACAAGGAAGACCACAGAACCAUACACGAAGAACUUGAGAAAAAGAGUAUAGAAUACAUCGAUAAUGAAUACAUUAAUGACGCGAGUCGAAAACUUGAUAAUGCAAACAAUGGAUCCCAAGAUAAGGAAUCGUAUUUUAAUAUUGAAAAGAUAAGAGACAAUGGCAAUGAAACGAGCGAUGAAGUCGUUACGUCCGUGGACUCAACUGGUAUCAAGGAAAUUGAAAAGGGUGAGAGGCCAUCUGUAGCCGGCCGAGGCACGGACGCGGUACUCAAACUUGAGGACUACCCUACCAAUGUGGACACAGGCAGACUUAACGAAUGGAAUGCCAAAUGGCAACCAGGUGAAAAGGUUAUGUCAUUCUUCCCAAUCAUCGUGGAUGAGUUCUCCCUGCUGCCGUCACCCCUGCAAUUGGGAUUUGAAGACCCCGUCAUAUUUAGAGGGAAAUUUGUAGAUAUGACCUUUAACUCCCUUAUAGAUACCAUGGAGAUGCCAAACGGUGAUACUAAGCAGAUAUAUGGAAUGUGCUUUAUCAAUCCAUCAUCGGGGCAGCUAGCACCGUUGGCAGUAUAUGCCGAGUUAAUCUCGAGAGAAGCCAAAAUCGAUAGCACCGGAGAACAGCUAAAGGUAAAGGGAAGAGUACUGGGCAGAGUCAUCAUACACAAAGUACUAUUGGAGGAACCAUUUAUAAAAGCUAAAAUCAUACCAAUAGAAGACGAUCCGAAAUUCAGUAAUGCAGAGGAAGUACCAAAGAUAGUAGAUGAAAUAACAAGCAUAUACGCAAACUGCAAUAAUGCAGAACGUGAAAUCAUGGAACUACUAGGGCAAUCCUAUGCAGUGGCACGAAUAAAAGAAAGACCAGAUCUACAUGACCUAAUUGAUAAACGACUUGGGCUUUUCAAUGUCAACCUCAAUCAGGGCGCCCAAGCAUUUGCACAAAUCGCAGCAUAUACAGCAUUCGACUACCAUCUCACCGCUAAUGAAAGAUACGAUGCGCUGGCCAUGCAAAACUCAUUCGAUAGGCUGAGAUUCGUAAGGGAUAACCUAAGAAUUAAGCUGAAGCAACUGAAUAUACUCAAAAAGGCGCCAAAAGAUAAAUUAGAAGAUAUAAUCGAGCAGAUGAGACAGCUGAAACUUAACAAAGAUGAUGUAAAUAGCCAUGUCAGGGAAGGACUCCCAAUGCCACCGGAAGAUGCAAACGCAGAAUCGUAAAACCCAUUAUCUCACACACAUCAACUAGAGAUAGAUUAAUAUAUCACUGAAGAUUAUAUGUGUAGAGUUAU